CGCACAACACCAACUCUGUGACAGAACUGUCAAGCCAGCCAACCCACAAACUGUCUUCUUCGCCAUCAAAACGUCUUCUACCUACCGUCGAGGCCCAAAAUCGGGUUCCCAUUCCACUACGUGUCAUCGCACACAUGGAUGUCCACCACACUACUGCCGAGACAGAUGUAUACAACAUAGUCGGUUGCAGCUGGCUCUUCUGCAUUCUCAUCAUUUCCAGUUUCUACCUGGGCAAUGCCACUAACAAAGGCGAACUCUCCCUCCUGGCCGUUAUCUGGGCGCUCAUCAUGUCAGGCAUCUACAUCAUCGUCACAGCCUACGUUGAAAUGGGUAUCGCACACACCUACGCCACGUGCAUCUCUCUGGCCAUAGUUUUCGUCGUUAUUGCCUCUAAAGCCGACCAGCCGCACCUUCUAUAUCUAUUCCUCAUCCUUUGCGUUGCGCCCUUUGUACACGGCGGUUAUCGACUCUUGAUGCAUUACGGCGGUGUGUACGGAUAUCGAGUCGUCGAAGAUGCAGGAGAACAUACAACAUGGGUGCCCAGGCAGGACUGGACGGUAACUACGCCCAAGUACUCCACAAGGACAGUCAUGUCGUUGACAAAGCACGAACCAACGAUUUCGACAUGGUGAUACGUGUCAAAGGAAGCAGAAGGGUGAAGGUGGAAUAUCACGGUAAGUUCAGAACCUACAUAAGCGGUGCUGAGUGGGAUUAGCUGACCAUGAAUCUUGAGCAUACUCGCUGGUCACUCACGACCCCCGUACCGCCGAUCACUCGCACCGCCCGACCAUUUCAUUACAUCAUGCCUCGAGGCUU